UGCCUAUCCUUGGAUUGAUGAAUAUCAGCUCUUCGCGGGAUCUCAUUGCGUAUGAUGUUCGGCUCAAGUAAUAGGCCGCAAUUUGUUGGUCUGAUCUAUGGAGAACGGGAAGGGUUUAUUUUUCAAAGUCGGGCUUUCCUAUAAAUGUCGCAGAUGUGGUAUACCCUCCCACUAUCCGCUGUCUCCGGGUGUUAAAAUGGGCCAUGGACCUAGCAGACACAAGACAUAUCCCGUCAGUCCAGCCGUUGGUCAUGCAGGAGCAUGUCCUUUCUGCAGCGGAACAACGCCCGACUCGGAUGAACCUGAGAGUUCUAGCACGUCCCUGGGUAAAAGAAUGAUAGAUGACAAUGAUAUUACAUCAAUUUUUAUGAUCGCAGGGGCCUUGUUAGGGAUGUUACUUCUCAUAGCCGCUUUCAUAGUCUGGCGUCGACGAAACCGCGAGAUUUCCGUGAUCGAGAAUGAGAUUCUCCAUACAACCACAUUGCCCGCGCAGGUCGAUUUGGAAGGCGGCAGCAACGGAAAGAUGACUCUGGACUUUCAGGAGGCGCCGCCCGCAUAUUAUCAUGAUUAACCAUGUCUCGAAUGGAUCAAUAGAGGGAUCGUAUUCUGUGAAUAAUCAUCAGUAUUUGUAUAGGGUGCAGUUUAAUUCGAUGGAAGAAACCGUUUACAUGCAC